GGAAACAUCCGAGUACCAUCUCCGGAUAGGCUUUCGAUUCUUUCCCUGGAUGAGUAUCCUCCAGCUCUUCAUACCGCAGGGGCACCUCUCUACCCUCCAACCCGAGAGCCUCCACUAGAUCAUUCCGGCACUUCCGCCAAGGGCCUCCGUCGUAGGAUACUGGCUUCUUGGAUCAGAAACAAAGGGUUGUGUUUGGUGUUGGUCUCGCAGAUAUUCGGAGUGCUCAUGAAUGUGACGACUAGGGUUCUGGAAGUGGAAGGGAAUCAUGGGGACGGCAUGCAUCCAUUUCAGAUCCUCUUCGCUCGCAUGGCGAUUACACUGCUGCUUUCUUCUCUUUACGUCUGGUGGGUCAAAAUCAAAGACGCACCUUUCGGACCCAAAGAGGUCCGAUGGUUGCUUGCUCUCCGUGGAUUUGGUGGAUUCUUUGGAGUCUUCGGGAUCUAUUAUUCGCUUCUUUACCUCCCUCUUGCCGACGCAACGGUAAUCACCUUCCUGUCUCCUAGUCUGGCUUGCUUCGCCUGCUCUUUUCUUAUCCACGAGCCAUUCACCCGAAUGGAGAAGAUCGCCGCACUCGUAUCCCUCAUAGGCGUUGGACUCAUCGCCCGUCCCACGUUCCUCUUCAGCUCCAACUCUCCCACUCCUCUCGCCAGCGGUGAUGGUGAUCUCGCCGCCUUACCAAGCAGCAACAGCACCAGCACCGCCCCGCUUUCUGACGCCGGUAACUACGACCAUGUAACCCCCGGCCAACGCGCCCUAGGCGUUGGUGUCGGUCUAGUCGGCGUGCUUGGCUCCGCCUGCGCCUACACGACGCUCCGCUGGAUAGGGAUGCGCGCGCACGCCCUCAUCUCUGUGAACUACUUCGCGGCAUGGUGCACAAUCGUGAGCACGGUGGCCAUGCUCGCCCUGCCUAGUAUCGGGUUCCUGCUGCCGUCGACCCUGCGCGACUGGGGGCUGCUGAUCUUCCUCGGCCUUUGCGGGUUCAUCAUGCAGUUCUUGCUGGCGUCGGGACUGCAGUAUGAGCGGAGCUCGCGCGCGACUAAUAUGGUCUACUGCCAGAUGCUGUUUGCGUUGGCCGGUGAUAAGAUUGUGUUUGGCACGGAUCCAGGGCUGCUGAGUAUUAUGGGGAGUAGUCUGAUCCUGGGCAGUGCGGUUUAUGUUGCUGUGCACAAGGAACAAGCGAAGAGCAAGAAGGAGGGUGAGAGAGCCGUGCCGGAUGAGGAGAGGGGGCUUGUAGAUGGUAUGGAAGGAGCUGAUGAAGAGCGGGAGGCUGAA